GUCAACCUGUGCGCCCCGUCAGCUGAUUCUGCACCUCUGCUAUGGCUCUCGACAGUCUCACUCGCUGGAACGAGCUCAGUGACACGUCCCGAGCUGAUGCGAGAGUCGUCGCGCCCAUUCUCGAGGCGUACAUCGCCCAAGCAGCUUCGACUGGGCUGGACAACGCGCAAGAUGCCGCCGUCGUCUCACUCCGCAGCAGAGCCAUCACGCUUUUCCUUGCUGCUCUCGAUGUUCGGAGCAAUCCUUGGUGGCGAGAUCAAGGCGAUGCUGCGUUGCGACUGCACAUCUUGGCACUCAAAUUGCUCUCACGCAUACCGACUGGUUGUGAAGCGCUCUCACACCGGCACAGUCUCGAACUGCUUGCACUUCAUUGCCACUUGUUAGGCUCGUCAUCUGCCAACACGGCAAGCAAAUCGCCAGAACACACGCGAAUGCAAAAGUCAUUCAUGCCAUCGACCAUAGAAGCACUGCGAUGCUUAGCAAACGUCCUGCUGCUCCAGCCGACCAGUCGCGACACCUUGUUGAGCAUUCCGGGCAUGGUACCCGCGCUGAUGCGCGUCUUCCAAGAACAAGUUGAUCCUCAGAUACGCUUUCCGAUCACUCGCAUACUCUUCCUCGUCUCGGCAGAUUCGAUUGACGUUGCGCGCGAGCUUGUUGACCAUCUGGACUUUUGCAACGUCUUUGCAGAAGCCAUGACGAGCAGUCUUCUGUCACCCAUCGAUCUUACCGAACAGCUCAAAGUCGUGUUCAAUGUCACACUUUGGUAUUCACGCAUCGACCCCGCACAGGUACUCCCUGACGAACGAUCUGUUCAUUCACGCGACUCGUUCAUCUCGCCAGAGAUAGCGUCGCCACUCCCUUCGCCUCGGAUGACAACCGAAACCGGCUCCACGGCCUCUUCGAGCGGGGAAUCUGCUAUGCCCAGUCAGCGCAUGAGUCGCGGUAGCAGUGCUGCAAGCGUACGUGAACGCGAAUGUGACAGCACGAGCACUGGUAGUCCGCGCCUGCCAUCUUUUUCGCAUUCGCGCAAGACCAGCACGGCUAGCCGUGUCAGUUUGCGAGCGCCUGAUCCGCACGACAGCAAGGGCAAGCAAAAGGACGAAGCUGAGAUCCAUGUGGGGGUGCCCUCUCCACUGGCCGGCAAACGUUUCGCGAGACUCCUUGAAUGCUUGAUUUGGCUACUCCAGAAUCUGUCUCACGAAGCGCCAAAUGUGCUCGUAGCUCCCCUGUCCCAAGUCAUCAAUGCUCUGCUGAACUUUCCGCUACACGCUCACGCAACACACGCUUUCGACGAUACGGGCAACGAGUCUGCUUAUGCUCGUCUAUUGCAGCUGCUCGAUAAAUUUACAUACGCCUUUCUAUCGGGCGAUCUGGAUAGUGCGACGACACGCACAAACGCGGAAAGGCGACAGAUUGUAAUUGACGAAGCACUGCCGCCUUUGCUCCUUCUCUUGCGAAACUUUGUAGUAGAGGACGCAGAAGGAUUAGCUGCGACCGCGAUCAAGGCGCGACUCUUGCCUGGCGAAUCAGACCGCGCUCUGCCCUUAGAAAAGCGCACAGAUGUCACCGGUCGUUUGAUUCGACUCACAAACAGUGUAUACUAUCCCAAAAGCGCAGAGACGGCCUCGCAGUUACUCUUCUCGCUCUGCAGAUCUGACCCUAAUACGUAUGCCAAAGAAGUAGGCUAUGGCAAUGCCGCAGGUUUCUUAAGCUCGAUUGGCCAGCUUGUCCCGCCGCCAUCGGACGUGGCGCCUGAUUUCGAUGUCAUCACCGGCGCAAGGCGCAGCGUCGAUGAGCCUGCACAGCCUGAAAUGACGGAAGAGGAGAAAUUGGUAGAAUCUGCCAAGCUGCUCGAUCUGUUCGACCGAAUCGAGCAGAACGGCGUUCUCCAGGUUGCCAACCCCAUGCGAGAAGCUCAGCAGGUCGGCAGAUUUGAAGAGAUCGGAGCAGAUGAGGCACGCCUGCAACAAGCAUUGCAAGAAGAAGAGGAUGAUAAGGAUGAAAGAGAAGCUCUGAGGUCGAUGAAGGAGUACAGAGCACGCAAGGCCCGAUUGGCGCCGCUAGAGCAGGCUUGUUGAUUUGUACACUUUUGGAAUGGCGGAGAAGUCCAUCUGCGUGGCCAUGUCAGCGCGAUGGAACCAUGCUGAAC